AUGAACAUCUUCCGUUUCCUAGGUGAUUUAUCUCAUCUCGCAUCAAUAUUUAUACUACUUCAUAAGAUUCAAACAUCAAGAUCGUGUAGAGGUAUAUCAUUCAAGACUCAAGGAUUAUACUUAUUAGUAUUCUUAACUCGUUAUGUUGAUCUGUUGACUGGACCAUACGUUUCAUUGUAUAAUACAUUAAUGAAAUUGUUCUUCAUCGGUUCAACGGGAUAUACUUUAUAUCUCAUGAAAGUGAAAUUCAGACCAACACAAGACGCUUCAUUGGAUACAUUCAAACUCACCUAUCUCAUACCACCCGUGGCUGUCUUAUCUUUAAUAUUCACUUAUUCAUAUUCACCUUUUGAAGUUACAUGGGCAUUUUCAAUCUGGUUGGAAUCAGUAGCUAUUUUACCUCAAUUAUUCAUGCUCCAAAGAACAGGUGAAGCGGAAACUAUAACUACUCAUUAUCUCGCCGCAUUGGGAUUAUAUAGAGGAUUAUAUAUUCCUAAUUGGAUGUAUAGAUACAUCACCGAAGGAGCUUUCGAUCCUAUCGCAGUAGUAGCAGGUCUUGUGCAAACGGCUAUUUACGCAGAUUUCGGUUAUAUCUAUGUCACAAAGGUUCUUCGAGGACAAAAAUUCGAACUUCCCGCAUAA